AUGUUGCCAUCAUCAUCGCUCGCUGUUUUCUUGGGUGCAUUGGCCACCGCCUUGGCGUGCGACAUCCCCGGGGACACGCCUUCCAACACCAUCGUGGAGGGCUUCGCCAUUCAGGUCCAGAACGCCUCGUACCCCAUCAUCCACAACCGCAUGAUGAACCUCUGGCCUGCCGGCGGCGGCGAUAACCACCUGUACCUCAGCCCGGCGGGCGAUGCUGCGAGCAACCUGACGCUCGCCGAUGGCGUUAUCAACAGGGGUAUCAUUCACGCCGUCAUCAACGGGGAGCCACAGUACACAGCGGACGAUAACACGACCAAGAUCUUCAUGACGCAGAGGGGCGACCCGAAGGCCUUGUUCGAUGUCGCCUACGGGUGCAACCCCGACACGGAUGCGCUGCAGAAGGAGCUGGUGCUCAGGGCGCGCGGGACGAACCCCCCGACCCUGGGAGGGCACAUCUGCGUGAGGCUGGCGUCGGGCAACCGCCACGAGUUCCGCUAUUCGCCGCCGGGCAACACAGGUGAGCAGACUCUCUAA